AAAUCCUGAUCUCCUUCUAAUCAUGCAACCAUCACACCAUUCGAGAUCCUAAUCUUUACCCAACAACCUUACAACCAUCACAAAGCCUAGAGGACUUCUAUUGCAGCACUCACCACAAUGUCUCUCUGCCAGAAUCUCAUCAAGCCCAUGGUGGUGGAUGCCAACGAAGGCCACGACCACACCCACACCAUCGUCUUUCUCCAUCGCUUCCCCGAAUCUACUAGCGAGGAGGAGCUUCGUGGAAAGGUACUGUCCGAGAAGCUGACCAUGAACCACAAGACCCUCCGCGAACAGUUUCCCUCAGUCCGCUGGGUCUUUCCCCACGCCAAAGCCCACGCGCGUCCGUGGAACAACCUCACGCCCGAAGACAGGGCCACAGUCGGGAUGAAAACCGGCAGUCUCCCUUACAUCGCCCAAAUCAUGCUCCAGGAAUCGGAUAAAGUUGGUGGUCUGGAUCGUAUCAUCCUCGGUGGAAUGGGACAGACUGCUGAGGCAGCUCACGAUGCCAUGACGUCCUUUCCCGAGUGUAAGAUGGACGCCUAUGAUAAUGCCGACGAGAUGUCGUCGUUCCUUCAGAAGAACUUUCACCCCGACUGCACAAAACUCGAACAGCUGAAGCUCGCUGGAUUCCUGGGUAUGCACACCCAGGACCCCGAGAUAACAUCCGACGUCAAGAGCAAGGCCAACUUGUCCAAGGAAGUAUCCACCCUGAAGAAGAAGAUCAACGCUACCCUCGUUGCGCAGACCCCUCACAAGUUCAUCAAUGGCGGCUACAAGGUUCACACCAAAACCUGGGACGGCAGCCGCAUCGACGACUUCGCCAGCUUCCUCGUGGCCAUCGGCGUGGAACGUGGUCUCGAUGCCAGGAAGAAGAGCACCGAAACCCUCAUUCCCAAGAACCGAGACCCGGUCAAGAAGUGGGAUCCCCGGGAUACCCUCAGCGACGCCCAGAGAUACGCCCAAGAGAUCCUGGACCAGAAGAAGGAGAACGAGGAGAUCAAGCGGAAGCUGCUCAUCCGCAUCGAGGCUGACAAGGUCGAGCGCAAGAUCAAAGACGCGCGCGAGAAGGCGAGCCGAGGCAAGGUCAACUGCAAGAACAACUGGCUGAAGCCAGCGGAUUCUGUCAAUGUUCUUGGCGGAGUUGUAUACCGCAACAAACUUUCUCAGGAAGAGGAAGAGGACGACGCCAAGGUACAAAUGCCUUCAUCCCGGCGCAAGUCAAAAAAGCCUGACGAUAAGCAAUCCAGCAGUGACGCUUUCGGCUCCACCCAAAACUUCCACACCAUCGUUCCCAAGACGGAGUUCAAGGACAAGAAGAUUCAUCCGAAGAAGAAGCCUCGUUGCAAGAACAACAAGCCCCAGGGACGACGUCUGGGGCUUUCGUCGGAGCAAAUCAAUUGAGAUCAGGUGAAUCCGUGAGAGUUCCGCUGAGCCUCCCAGGGAAAUGGCCGACAAGCAAGACUCGGGGUGACGACUAUGAGAUGAGAUUCGCCAUUGCGGGCUUGAGAUCAAAGAACAGCCGGAGUCGCAGCCAGAGUGAUGCAACACGCUCGGAUUAUCAAGGCCAACCUUGCGGCAAGACAAAUUCCGUACUGACAACUGGGGCGGGCGGGCUGACACUAAUACCUGUGACUUGAGAAGAGGGGUGGACAAGAAGCUCCGUGGACUCGGUGCCGGUAAAUUAGCAUGGCGAGCUUGCUUUCAUUAAUG